AUGGAUCAGCUGCUGUCCUCAUUGGCCCCUGAAGAUGCUACUCCCUCUGUGUCCUCUUUGGCUUCCACAGCUCCUGUGACUGAGUCAGUAGUCCCUCAAGGAGACCUAAUACCACCUCCUCUGCCUGGGCCUUUUCCACAACCACCCUCCAAUCUCUCCACUAAUCCAGUGGUCUCAUCAGGUGAUAUUCCAUCACGGUCACCAUCGUUUCACUCCCUGCCACCAGAGCCUUGUCCUCCACUGGAAUCUGAAUUUGCAGUAGAAAGUUCUCCACCUCUACCCCUUGCCUUGCCCUCUCUCCCAGCACAGGGCACUCAAAGUGUGGAAACCCCUCCUAACUUGAAUACCAUCUUUAUUGAAACCUCCAAUACCCAAGACAUCAACCCUUCUCCAAAGUUGGCCCUAACUUUGAAUCCCACAGCAUCAGUGACUUACCAUGGUCCACCAAUCAUGUCUGGUUCAUCACCACCACACUGCAGUUUAACUGUGACUCAACCUAAAACCAUUCACAUCUCAUCCAAGCCUGCUCUAGGGAGCUCAUCUCCAGACAGCACCAGGGCAUUGUCCACUUAUGUCCAUCCAGGCAGUGACCGUCCAAGCCUAUCGAUUUCAGACAUUUCCUAUCAGGAAGCUCAUGUCAAAGGCCCAUUGCCGUCCACCUUGGCACAACACAAUUUCAACCAAGCUCAGGAUGUGGGGUGUGACUCUAAGAAAAACCCAGAGAGUUAUGUGAUGGGUCCAUCCGGAGCAAAUUCAACAGUGUCAGGGCAGAGUGAAAGUCAGAGACAAUCAGAAGAAGCCCUGAAAGUACACUUAAGCAAGAAGUUUCAGGAAAUCGUGAAGAGUCAGCUCCCUGUGACUGUGCAGAAUUCACUGCAUGUUAUCCAACAGACACUUUCUAUGCAACUGCACAGUGAAAUAGAACAGAGAAGUUUGGCAAUACCAGUGGGUGAAAAAAACUGCCUGGACACGAGCCAGGAGCUUUCCUUCAUUGAGCCCAAAGCACAGCAGAUGCUGGAAGGCCACAUUGCCAUGUUCAAUUUGAGGAUGGUGUGGGGCCUUCCCACCAAAGUUCUUCAAUCCAUAGAACUCUGUAAAUCAAGAGAUACCUUAUCCCAUCCCUUUCCCGAUUACAAAUUUUCCUCCUCCACCAACAUGAUUCCUAAUGUGGUCUCCAAAUCAGAGGGCUUCAUACCCCUUCAAGGAAGCUCUAAAAUCUUCAAUCAUCCUUACUCUACCACCUCACUUGAGGGCCAGAAAGGACAGGGGACCCUGAGACAACCACCCUGUGAAAUAGCCCAUGAGCUGGCAGAGGAAGUUCAGAUGCUGGGCAGAAUUCCAGAUGCUGGGCAGACUCUUCUGCCUGUUACAAACAGCAUCACUGGCAAAGAGAGAGAGAGAGAGAGAGACUCUAAGAGCCAACAUCCCCCCACCAAUGCUGCCCAUAAGGCUAACCGGGGCUGGACAUAA